AUGACAUCGACUAAUGAAUUAGGACUUAGUGCUGAACGAAUUCGAUGUCCGAUCGGAAUGGAUCUAGACGAUCUUCAUUGUUCAACGAUAUGUGAAGAUAUUCUAUGGAAACCAGUCUCAUGUCAACAAUGUGAGACUCAUUUCUGUUCGAAAUGCAUUGCGAAAUGGCUGAAAAAUAAUCCAAAUCAAUGUCCAUUGCGAUGUGAUAAUUUCAACCAACGACCAUGUUCGAAAUUCAUUGUCAAGCAAUUGGCUAAAUUGGAAGUUGUUCCAUAUGAAGCACUUGAAAAACACGAAAUGAUGUGUGGUUAUCAACGUGUCAUUUGUAAUGGUUGUCAAUUGGAAAUGUUACAAAAGAAUGUUAUUGAACAUCAAUCUUCGUGUUCGGCAAUUGUAGCGAAAUGUGAUGAAUGUAAAAUGAUUUAUAAACGCGCAGAAGUUCUCACACGACAUUCGGAUUUGAUGUGUCUUAAAAAGCAACUUCGAGAUUUACAACAAGAAUCGCAAUAUGAGAUUCAACAGCUCAAAGAACAACUUCGACAAGUACAAAAUGAUCAAGCUACGAUACUUGUGCCACAAGAUAUUACUGGUAAUGCUGCAAGACCGGGACGAACUUAUAUUCAAUCGACGAACGAAGUUGGCAAGCUGAAUGUAUAUCGUGUCGUUUCGUAUCAGGAAUUGAGCUGGAACUUAUACGAUAGAUUAUUCUGUUCCAAAUGUCGUAACAUAUUGUGGAGCCCAGUUUCUUGUAGCAUAUGUGGUAUUACUUUAUGCGAAAGAUGCCGUCCUCAACAGAACGUUUUCAACCCAUUCAAAUAUAUGCUUCAGAUAAAUGUCGGGGUUCGACAUGAAAGAAGCAAUUGUAAUGAUUUCAGAGAAGUACCAGCACCUACCGAUAUCAUUAGCGAUCUAGAAAGAUUACAAAUCUAUUGUGCAUAUGCUCCAAAUGGAUGUCAAGUGAUUUCAUUAUACAAUGAACUUGAAGCGCACGAAAAACUAUGUGAAUUUGAAAUGGUUCCUUGUCAACUAUGCCAAUUACCUUUAUCGGGAAGACCACCUGUUACAGAGCAUACAUUACGUAUAUGCUUCGAAGAAAUGACAAGAAAAUAUCCUAUUCCAAUACAACAACAACUUACGGCACUUUUAAAUGCGAAUGAAAAGGUUGAUAUCGAGAACCGUAAUCUUCGAUCAAUGAUUGAUAAUCUUCAAAGUCAAUUAAACACCUUAGAUGCGGCAUGUAUCAAAAAAAAUACCUCAAAGAGAUAA